CUUCCCCAGCCUGCACAGUGUAAGAUGGUUCCCAGAGGAGAGUGAGGCCCCUCUGCCCUGGGGGCACUUCCCAUGGUGGUGGUGGUGCAGGGCGGGGGGGUGGUAAAGGGGAGGGAACCACGGAGUGAUGAAGUGCUCGGUGCCAAUAUAUAGCCCAGACUUGGGAAACCAGAGAAGGCUUCUUGGAGGAGGUGACAUCUAGGCUGAGAACCAAAGGAUGAGGAGGUAUUCAGCACAAGAUAGGGGAGGAAGUGAGGGUUUGGGGCAGUGAAAAGAUGCUCAGAGAACUGAAGGAAAUAUGAGGCUUCCAGAACACAGAGUGGGAGAAGGGACAGUGAGAAAUGAAGCUGGAGAGAAGAGCUGGCUGGGCAGGGAGCACUCCCCAAGGGCCUCGAAGCCCCGCUGAGGGGUUUCCACUCAGUUCUGAGUACACUAGCAUUCAAAAGGGUGGUGAUGUUCUGCUUUUUAAACAGCAGAACAAAAUUUCCUGUGAAAACCCAACCUGUAAUGCAGGUGAGAGGAGGACAUCUGUGGGGCAGGGGGUCCAUGGCCCCGGGGGAACCCAGGGAACAGGGCUUAAAAGACACGGCUCGGCUCGGGCCUUUGCCUGUUUGAACCAGAAAGGACCUCAGAGCACCCACCUUCAUUUAAAAUUCAUAGCAAGGAUGUUUAUGGGUUCUAACAGUAAAGACUCAGCCAUAAAGGUUCUAUAAAUGCCCCUUCCAAAACAUCCCUCAGAGUCACAAUUCAGCACUUAUUUAUUGAUCACCUGCAGGAGACCUUAUAGUGUAGAGGUUAAGGGCACAGACCCAGGAGCCCGACUUCCUGGGCCUGCCACUUGUUAGCUGUGUGACCUUGGGCACGUUGCUUAAUUUCUCUGAGCCUCAGUUUUCCUGUAUGCACAGUAGGAAUGGUGAUCAUGGAACCAAGUCGUUGAAUUAUUGGAAAGAUUAAAUGAGUUCAUACAUGUAAAGUGUCAAGAAGAGUGCCUGGUGCAUAAUGAGGGCUCUGUAAGUGGCAUAGAAUAUGUCUCAUUUGAUCUUUAACAAAACUUCAAGGUUGGCAUUAGCCUCAGAAGAGGAAACUGAGGCUCAGAGAGGUGAAGUGACUUGUACAAAGUCACACAGCAGGUAAGUGGAGGAGACAGAGGGAGCAGUCUGGUGUGGGUGACUGGGUCCAGUGCUCUUGGAGGGCAUUAUGUGUCUCUCCUUGUUAAUGUUUUGUAUGUAUUAUGGUCUCUUCUGUGCCUUUAUUUGUGUCCCCAGUUCCCAGGACAGAACCAGACAAGAGGAGGCAUUCAGUAAAGAGCCAUGAGCCACCGGAUCCUGCUGCUUCUGGCCGUGCUGACCCUGGGCCUGGCUACCUCCCAACACCGAGACAAGGUGCCCUGUAAGAAGGUGGACAAGGAAGUCUUGUGCCGGGGCCUUGGCCUACUCCAGGUCCCCUCGGUGCUCCCACGGGACAUUGAGGUCCUCGACCUGUCUGGGAACCAGCUGCGGAGCAUCCUGGCCUCGCCCCUGGGCUUCUACACAGCGCUUCUUCACCUGGACCUGAGCGCCAACGAGAUUAGCUUCCUCCAGCCAGGGGUCUUCCAGGCCCUGCCCCACCUGGAGCACCUCAACCUGGCCCACAACCGCCUGGCGGUGGGCACGGCGCUGAGCACUGGGGGUCUGGGUCCCCUGCCACACCUGACGUCCCUGGACCUGUCUGGCAACAGCCUGUACAGUGGCCUGGCGGAGCGGCUGCUGGCGGAGGCGCCCGCCCUGCGCAGCCUCUCGCUGGCGGAGAACAGCCUGACGCGCCUGGGCCGCCACACCUUCUGGGGCACGCCCGCGCUCGAGCGGCUGGACCUUCACAGCAACGUGCUGAUGGACAUCGAGGACGGAGCCUUCGAGGCCCUGCCCCACCUGGCACACCUCAACCUCUCCAGGAACUCCCUCACCUGCAUCUCCGACUUCAGCCUCCAGCAGCUGCGGGUCCUAGACCUGAGCUGCAACAGUAUUGAGGCCUUUCAGACAGCCCCGGAGCCCCGGGCCCAGUAUCAGCUCGCCUGGCUCGACCUGCGGGAGAACAAACUGCUCCACUUCCCUGACCUGGCCGCACUUCCGAGACUCAUUUACCUGAACGUGUCUAACAACCUCAUCCGCCUCCCUGCGGGGCCGCCCCAGGGCGGCGAGGGCCUUCACGCGCCUUCCGAGGGCUGGUCCGCCUUGCCCUUCUCUAACCCCGGCCGCAACGCCAGCACCCAGCCGCAGUCUCAGCUCUUGAAUCUGGAUCUGAGCUACAAUGAGAUUGAGCUCGUCCCCGAGGGCUUUCUUGAGCACCUGACUUCCCUGCGCUUCCUGAACCUCAGCCGGAACUGCUUGCGGGCCUUUGAGGCCCGGCGCGUGGGCUCCCUGCCUUGCCUCGCACUCCUGGACAUGAGCCACAAUGCGCUGGAGACGCUGGAGCUGGGUGCCAGGGCCCUGGGGUCUCUGCAGACGCUGCUCCUACAGGACAACGCCCUGCGGGACCUGCCCCCGUACACCUUCGCUGGCCUGGCCAGCCUGCAGAGGCUCAACCUGCAGGGGAACCGGGUCAGCCCCUGCGGGGGCCCAGGUGAGCCUGGACCCGCAGGCUGUGUGGCCUUCUCUGGCGUCUCCUCCCUCCGCGUCCUGAACCUGGCGGACAAUGAGAUGGAGACGCUCCGGGCAGGUGCCUUCCUCCACACUCCGCUGACUGAGCUGGACCUCUCCGCCAACCCUGGGCUGGAUGUGGCCACAGGGGCCUUGGCGGGCCUGGAGGGCUCCCUGGAGGUGCUGGCCUUGCAGGGCAACGGGCUGGCCGUCCUGCAGGUGGACCUGCCCUGCUUCAGCUGCCUCAAGCGGCUCAAUCUGGCAGAGAACCGCCUGAGCCGCCUGCCUACCUGGACGCAGGCUGUGUCCUUGGAGGUGCUGGACCUAAGGAACAACAGCUUCAGCCUCCUGCCGGGCAGUGCCAUGGGCGGCCUGGAGACCAGCCUGCGGCGCCUCUACCUGCAGGGGAACCCCCUCAGCUGCUGCGGCAACGGCUGGCUGGCGGCCCAGCUGCACCAGGGCCGUGUGGACGUGGACGCCACCCAGGACCUGAUCUGCCGCUUCGGCUCCCAGGAGGAGGUGUCCCUGAGUCACGUGCGUCCUGAGGACUGUGAGAAGGGGGGGCUCAAGAACGCCAACCUCAUCAUCAUCCUCGCCUCCGCCCUGGUGUGUGCCGCCCUUCUCGCCACGCUGGCCACCUGCUGCUGUGUCCGCCGACAGAAGUUCAACCAACAGUACAAAGCCUAGAGAGGCUGGGGGCUACAGACCAGCUCUGUCGGGGGACCCUGCCAGGUCAGCGGGGGAGCCAGAGGCACGAAGAAGGGUGGGGACUGACCCAAGAUUACCCAGUGAGCCAGGAUCCAAGAACCCUGGUCUCUCAGUCCCAGCCCAGGGCUCCUUUCCCUGUAUCCUGCUGCAUCAGUAGUGACUCACUUCACAGGGCACACGUGUGGUCCAGCUGCGGAAGCUGGAAGAUGGGCAGCUUGCAGGAGUGACAGAGUGUAAGGAUGACCCAUCGGAUCAACACAUCUUCACCAGGCGCCUGUUUUGUGCCACACCCUGCCCUGGGCACUGGGGACGCCAGGGAAUGAGACACAUCCCUGCCCUCAGCAUCGCCCAGUCUGGGUGGGGAGGUGGUUGCAGUGACCACACAGAGUGUGGAAGCCAGGGCUCCAAAGCUCUGCAGCCCCAGCUGGCUGAGUGUGGAUGGUCCUGCCCCUGCUGGGCCAGGGUAAGAGAGAGGCAAUGCCGACCAAGAGGAUUUGUCUGAGAGGUGUCCAAGCAGACUGUUCGUCACAUCUUCUGAUAAUGACUUCCAGCUUCCCUGGAACAUAAAAUGCUUGUGACCGGAAGUGAGCUGGAGCCACUUGAGUAAGGCUUGGAUCCAGUGCUAUUAGGCGGGCUGCGGCAGCUCCAGCAGGGCCUGGUUAAGAGGUGGUCUCCCUGGGCUCCAGCCCAGCACUGGACCAUUCCGUUUCCUGCUCCGGGCAGGCUCUUUCCCUACCUGGCACUCUCGUGUUGCACACACCGGCCAAGAUACUGCCCUAGCCCCCCUACUCCCUGCCCAGGCCCCCUGCUCCAUCCCAGUCUCACCCUGGCUGGUGAGCCAGGAGUAAGAACCUUAGGUAUCUGUUUCUGUUUUGCACCACACUUGGCAGUGGUGACAAACCCAAGCCUGCACCUGCCUCUUUAUGACAACCCUCUGAGGUUGGUAUUUUAUCCCAUUUUACAAGAGGCUCCAAAAGUCUCCCUCCAGGGACCUCCAGCUAAGAAAUGCCAGAACUGAGCUCCAGACUCACAUCCUCCUGAGUCCAGAGCCUGAGCUUGGCCACUGCAGGGGCUGCAGGCUGUUAGGCGGACAGGAACAAGGCCCGGGAGCGUCCUGUGCCGUGCACACCCACCCGCUCCUCUCCCUCCUCUCUCCCAGGCGGGCAGAGAGAAGAUGGGCAGCCACAGGCCCUCUCCUCCUUCUGUGCCUCAUUUUCCCUUCUUCCCUCAUUUGCAGACUAGGCGGGCUCUCCUUUUUCUCUUCUUGCUCUUGCGUACCCUCCUUCCCUCUCCCUCCUUUGAGCAUAGCCUGGACUUUGAAACCAUUGAGUCCAACCUCCCUGUUGCACAGAUAGGGAGGCUAAGACUGAGGAAGAGAAUGGGACUUGCUCAGAGCUGCACAGGUCAGUGGCAGAGCCUGUGAAACAAGGUGGAUUCAGACCUUAUUGAGGGGGUGUGGGGGGGGUGCUUGGUGGUUGGACUUGAAUGGUUUCCUUCUCUCUCAGCUGUCACAUCACAAGGUGAUGCUGGCUCCAAACUCUCUUACUAGUCCUCAUCAUGCAGGGACUUUUUUUUCCCCUAGAAAAAUGGAUAGAAAAAUCCCAUCCAGGGGCUUCCCUGGUGGCUCAGUGGUUGAGAGUCAGCCUGCCAA